AUGCGUUGGUCAGCCAUUUUCAGGUCUCCUCGCUUUCGUUUCAUGCUCCUCAUUGUGUUUACUCUACUCUUAGCCCCCAUCUGUUUCCGCAAUCUCCUUUACUCCCCCUUGUUUUCUCGACAACAUAAACCUCAAGCGUUUGAGUCGUGAAUUCCUACACAGAAGCCUACAGGAUGGUUCUAAUGCCUUGCAGCAUUUCCAUCAGAUUGUCUCUACAUCCAGUACAGUUCCUCCUAAUACAUCUGUGCCCUGUGUCCACAGGCAAGCUGGGAGCCUUCGCUCAUCACGUGUCAGCGGCACCACCACUUUAGUUGUCACCAUAAUUACAACAAGACGCCGCUCUGAAUAUCAUUACCUCCUUCAGGUAACACGUGGUUUUGUAGAACGGAUGUCCGAGUGUGGCCAAGAUUGCUCCACAUUUCAGAUUUUAAUUUGUAACGUUGAUUCAUUUCCCGAGGACCACUCUGAUGCCUGCCUCCUCUCCCACCUGUUGCCAAUGGUAGCUCGGCAUUGGACCGAGCAUGUGGGUGAAGCCCCAAACCGAUUUGAACAGGAGAAGCAGGAUUAUGCCUUCUGCCUUUCCCACACAUUGGAGGUCUACAACCCAGAAUAUGUGUUACUCGUGGAGGAUGAUGCGGUCCCUUUAACAGAUGUUUUUAAUGCAUUCUUUCAUUUAGUGCAAGUGCGCUUUCCUGAGGAGCCACUAGGGGGUGGCCUGUACGUAAAAUUCUACCACCCAGAAAGGCUUCAGGGAUACCUCAACCCAGAGCCCAUGCGGAUUUUGGAGUGGGUCGGUCUAGGAGGGUUAGCAGGACUGGUCCUUACCUGGGUGUAUACUCUCACUUUGCGCCAGCAGCAGUUUAGCUGGUGGGUAUUUGUGGCAUUUACUAUUUAUGCCAUGAUAUUGGCAGAGCUAGCAGGGCGCCACUACCUCCUGGAACUGCGGAGGAUUUCGCCAGCCCUUUACAAUGUUGUGCCUGUCACAGAGUGCUGCACGCCGGCUAUGCUAUUCUCAAAGGCGUCUGCCCGAAGGACUCUGUCCUACUUGAAGGAAAUGGUGUGUAAGCCAGGUUAUGCCAAGGAUAUUGCCCUGUACCAAGAGCUCCGGAGAAGGGGGGAAUGGGCUUGGGCACUGGAGCCCAACAUGGUGACACAUGUUGGAAUGUUUUCAACACUUAGAGGGUCCUUUGAAGGAGAAGAGCCGCAGCUGCUAUAA